AUGCAUCGAGGCUCCGUGGGCCGCAGCACACGCACAGGGUCGAGAAGGGUGCGGGAACGGGACAUGAGACCGAACAAUACCGUUUGGGCAGGUACCGGCACCCGUGGUAGCCGAGUUCUGAGUUGGGGUGGCGGCCUGGCUGGUCAGUGGGCGCCCAGAGGCGAGGCCACUGCGUCGCAUGGCGCUGUCCUCGGACGUGCAGUACGACUGCGUGCUACGUACAUGGACUCCGCGGUGGCCCUCGACCCCACCAGUCCACCAGUGACCCCCCAUGCUGCGCGCUGA